AUGUAUCUAAUUCGAAUUCUGAAUAUUUUACAUUUACUACUAUUCCUGGAGUUCAGCGAAUGCGUUGAUAAUACAGUGUCGAAGAACAGUGACUUUGACUACCUACUUUAUUCCCAAAGAUGGCCUAUUACAGAUUGUCUGGAAUGGAGGGACAAAAACGAAACAAACGAAUGCAAUAUGCCGAAACAACGAAAUUCCUUCCUUGUACAUGGUUUGUGGCCAACGAAAAAUGGUACAAGUGGUCCGAAUUAUUGCAAGAGCAACAUAACUUUCGACAUUCGAGAACUAGAUCCGCUAAUCGACGAUUUGAAUGAACAUUGGACUAACAUUGAGAAUGGGACUGAUUCCUAUGAUUUUUGGAGUCACGAGUGGCAAAAGCAUGGGACUUGUGCUAGCAUCUUGCCUCAGUUCGGAAGUGUUUAUGACUAUUUCGAUAUAUCCUUGGAUUUAAACUUACUGUAUGAUUUAAGUGGAGUUUUAUCUAGCAUGGGUAUAGUGCCAAGAGAAGAGAGUUAUGAAAUUGAUGAUUUUAUCAGUGCUUUAUUUUAUAAAUUCAAAAGUACCACACAAAUUAAUUGUAUUAUAGAUUCUGCGGAUAGAGCAUUGCUGAGUGAAAUAAGAAUAUGUUUCGACAAAAGUCUUCAGGUGAUUGACUGUGUACCAAUGGGGGUGAAUCCAAAGAGAAUGCAAAGGAAGGACUUCUAUAUUUUACUUAAGAGAUAA